AUGAAGCUGAGCACGCAGGCCUACUGCAAGAUGGUGCUGCACGGCGCCAAGUAUCCGCACUGCGCCGUCAACGGGCUGCUGGUGGCCGAGAAGCAGCCGCCGCCCCAGCGCGGACGGGAGCGGGAGUCGCCGGCUCAGGGGCUGCUGGUGGACUGCAUCCCGCUCUUCCACGGCAGCCUGGCCCUGGCGCCCAUGCUGGAGGUGGCGCUCAGCCUGAUUGAUUCUUGGUGCCGAGAGAACAGCUAUGUAAUAGCUGGCUACUACCAAGCAAAUGAACGUGUGAAGGAUGCCAGUCCAAACCUGCUUGCUGAAAAAGUCGCCUCCAGGAUUGCAGAAAACUUCAGUGAUACAGCCCUCAUAAUGGUGGAUAACACUAAAUUUACAAUGAAGUGCCUAAAACCAGCAGUUCAUGUGUAUGAACACCAUGAAAAUAAAUGGAGAUGCAGAGACCCACACAUUGAUUAUUGUGAGGAUUGGACAGAAGCCCAAAGGAUCUCCGAAUCCCUUUUGGACAGCCGGUCCUAUGAAACACUAGUGGAUUUUGACAACCACUUGGAUGACAUUCGGAAUGACUGGACAAACCCAGAGAUCAAUAAGGCUGUUUUGCACCUCUGCUGAGAAGAUUCCCACUGACUUGACGUGCUGGGGUUUUCACUGUGCUGAACAAAACAAAAAAAGAGCAUUAAUUUUCAAAUGUAAAUAGAAAGGUGAUGGUUCCUUCAGGCGAGUGAGUCCCAUCACUUAGGGAAGGAUGUGUUGCUAUGCAGUCAAGUCUUUUUAAUGAGAAUCUUUGGGACAUCCACCCUGUUUUGAAGCCUUUUUCCGUCCGUUGCCCUGGUGUCCUCCUGCUGAUGCGUUCUUGCGACCCUCCAACUAGAUCUACUUGUUCCAAAUCGUUCGUAUUAAAAAGUUUUGACUUAACUUUUCAUAUCCUUUAGAGAUAAUUUAAAAAAAACAGAUUUGUGAAAUAUCUCAGAGAGUUAACAGCUAGUUUUAUUUUUAAAGAAUCUGCAUCUAAAUAAAUUGCUGAGCUUUACGUGGUCUGGUCAGUUUGGAAUUUCUUAUUCCAAGGGCUGACUUCUGGACCUGGUUGAAGUUGAUGGGUAGAUUGUGCAGGGAGAAAACAACUUGAGAUACUGUAGAUCCCCAGGAGCUGCCAAGUUUCUUUCCUUAUUCGGGAAUGCUGCAAUUUUUCUGACUCUCCAGUUUUGAGUGUUGAAGUUGAACAGCGAACCCCUUCCGUGAAUUCAGUAUAGACCAAACGGCCGAGUGAAUUAUAAAUAUGUGUUUUUGUUUACCGCAAAAAAAGCAAAAUAGUUUUCUCAAUUCUUGCAUCUGGAGAGAGAGAAAAGUAAUUUCUUUGAUGUUUAAUUGCACAAACAGAGGAAGAGAAGUUACAGCCGUGCAUUCCAGUUCCUGAAACAAUUCUGACGGAGUAGCCUCUAAUCCAGCACUCCCCUUUUGUGUUGCUCUGUCAGGAAAGGGGCUCUGACAGCUGUGAGUUGUGCAUUUGAAACACACACUCCUCUGAUUUGCCAAUUCUGUUCCCAGCCCUCCAAGUUCGGAUUCGUUAUUCAGGUGUUCAGAGACCAGGUUUUUCCAAGUCCGGAAAGAAUCACCAGCUGCGAUUCAGCACAAACUUUUGUUCUUUGCACACAAAGGAGAAGAAUGUGCCACCCUUUUCAAAAUCAGCGCACUCCAAAUGGAUUCCAGUCUUCCCUCGAGGUGCUGGUCCCCCUACUUUCCACAGCACGCACACAUAUUGAUGGACACAUCUCCUGUCACCUGUCUAGUGAAAGUAAGUGUGGAAGAGCACAACUGUUGAUCGUUCAGCGCUGGCCUUCCUGUUUGUUGUCAUGCUCGUUCCUUGCAAGCAAAUGUUAUGGCGUCUUAACACUUGGGGUUUCCUGUUGAGCUGUUUGGAUCCGGCUUAUAAUAUGGUUUUGUGGUGUAAAGUGUAAAAGAGUCUUUAAAACAAUACAACCUGUGUCACUUUGGUAUUUUUUUCCUCUUUCUUUUUUUAACUUUUAGCACGGGUGUGUUCAUCCUUGUGUUGUUUUACAGGUCUGUUUUUGUUUUGUUUUGUUUCUUCCACUUGACUGAUCCUGCACUAAGGCGACCUUUUAUUUAUGGCAUAUUCUGUAUCUCAAAAAGUAUCCAUUUGGGCUUUUCUAUUGCUUUCUUUCCU